GCCGCAUCCGCCGGCCCCGGGGCCCUCCCCUGGCCGCUCCCUCAGCCCUAGAGAGCCGGGGCGGGAACCCCCGGGGGCUCCAAUUCAGGGGUAAUCCACCCCCACCCUAGGAAAGAGGGGGAGUAGGGGAGACCCCCCAUUUCCGGCUGAGAUUGAAGGGUCCCUGGGGCAGCGCCAAGGGAAGCUGCAGCGGGAGUUCCUCCUCCUCUCCCCUCCCAUGCCAGGCCCCCCGUUACUGCCAGGGCACUGUCCCUCUCCUCCCUUGGGCACGUUGGGUUUUGAGUGAAGAAUAUUUGCUCCCUCUCUUCCCAUCCCCAAGCUCCCUGUGGACUCCUGGGAAAGGAGAGUCCCUGGCUCAGCCCCAGAUGUUAAGUGGAGCAAAGAGAAGAUUCCAGCGUAGGUGGCUCCCUUUAGAACAAAAAGGUCUUCAGAGUUUAAAGACUGUGCUUCCUGUUUCUGGUGGUACUUACAAGGAACUUGCUGUCAAUUAAUGAUUUUGCAGGCUGCACACAGUACCCCAAAGGGAUUGAAAUCAGGAUCUAGACUAACUCUGGAUGCACCCAGUAGCUGACUUAAAUUCUUCUUUAGCUCGUUUAAAAAAAAAAACACAAAAUCAGAUUGUUGAUGAUAUUGGCCUUGGCUGCCUAAAACCAACCAACAAACAGCAGAACCCUUCCCGUCAACUUUGAUUUUUAAUUGAGAAUGAAAAUACGAAAAUAGCUCCUCAUAUCAUACCUAUCAUUAUGUGGAGUCGGAAAAUCAUUCCCAAAACUGGUGCUUUGGGGUGCACGAGUGCACAUUGCACUCGGGGAUUGAGCUGUGCACCUUAUUUUCAGAAUAGACUGCUGUGUUAUUUGAUUAUAAAAAUGAAAUAUCCUGGGAAUAGUUAAUUGUGAAACAAGGGAACUUGGAACUACCACCAUGGCAUGCGAUUACGUUGGAUGUGUAUACAACUGAUUAGGCUUAAUAGACGGUACUAAAUUUGGGGCUGGAUACCCGAGUGUUUCAGGAAAAAGUUGGUGUAGAGGUACUUCCGUCUAUCUCUUUUCCUCUUAAAAUAAUCCCCAUUCAUGCAACUGGUUGAAGAGGAAGUUGACUCCUCCAGACACUCAGGAAAAGAUCACGUAAGUGGGCAAGAUCAGUUGUCAGUAAUUCCAUAGUAAAAUUACUCCCAGUUCUGGCAUAAAUUUUGGAGAUAGAGAAUGAGUGCAUAUUCUUUCGGUGUGCCAGUCUCCCCUGUCUCCCCUAGUAGUAGAUGCAGCAGCUUUAGUAGUGCUGGCAGUCUGGAAUUUAUUCCCAGUGCCCAUUCGGACACUGAGGAGGAUGAUAAGGUGGUGGCGGAAGGGGUGGAGCAACCUGCCAAACAUAAAGGAAAGAAGGGGUUGCGGACUAAGGGAAAGCCACACCAUAAAAAACUGGUGCUGUCUAAACAAUUUGUUAAAGUUUUGGGACCGGCAGGUGCUGUUGAAGCUGCCUGUGCUGCAGCUGCAGUAGUCAUGCCUGGUGCUCCUGAGCAAGAUGGAGAGAGCUUCUUUAUCGAGAGCAAUACAGUAAAACGAGUUCUUUUGCCUGGUACGAGAGCCAAGACUUCCAUCGUGUGGAACUUCUUCCAUGUUGAUCCCCAGUACCCCUGUCGCGCCAUCUGCAGCCUAUGUAAAAAAAGCGUCAGCCGUGGCAAGCCAGGCACCCACCUCGGCACAUCGACCCUUCAGCGGCAUCUCCAAGCAAAGCAUUCUGUGUAUUGGGCCGUGGCUAAUAAAAUAAGUGCUACUGGUGGAAGCAGUGUAGGGGAGGAGGAAUAUGCCUUUAAUGUGCCUGUGUCACCGAUCUCCCCUGAUAGCAGAUUUAGCAGUUUGAGCAGCAGUGGGAGUUUGGAAUAUAGUCCCAAUGUUCACUUGCACAGUGACAGUGUGGAAGAGGCACUGGGCCAGUUUUCCAACAAAAAAAGAAGAAGAAAAGGACUGCAGAUUAAUGAGUUAUACCCAGGAAAACCAGAGCUUUCAAAAAAAAUUGCCAAAGAUGUGGGUCCCACAGGCGCAACGACUGCAGCCAGUGCAGCCGCAGCAAUAGUCGUUUCUGGUGCAUCUGGAGAAGACAGAGAGAGUUUUCUCAUUGAAAGCAAUACUGUCAAACGCGUCCUGAUGCCGGGAACCAGGACAAAGACGUCAGCCGUCUGGAACUUCUUCUACAUUGAUCCUCAGUAUACCUGCAGGGCUGUUUGUAAUGUCUGUAAAAAGAGUGUCAGUCGAGGCAGGCCAGGCACUCAUCUUGGCACCUCCACGCUGCAACGGCAUCUGCAGGCCAAUUCUCUGUCGCAGAAGCUUUUCAAGCUAUUUCUCGUCUCGGAGGGAUAAACUUACAGCCAGUUACAGUUUAACGUCUCAAGGCCUGGGUGUCCAUGGGCCAACUUUAUCUCCUAAGCCAGUGCUUGGUAAAAGAAAGGUCAUAAGUCCCAACUUUGGGACUCCUCAAGACUCUCAAACAUUCACUACUGAGAAGAAAAUUAAAUACCAUGAAAUUCCGGUUGCACAGCGGAUAAAUAGGGCUAUUACAGAAUUGAUUAUUGAGGAUAUGCAACCGUACUCAUUUUUUUCUACCCCUGCUUUUCAGAGAUUCAUGAAGAUAGUGGCACCAGGCUAUCAGCUGCCAUCUAAAACUUACUUUUCCACAAAGGCUGUGCCCCGGUUAUACAAUGUUGUGAGAGAAAAGGUUUUCAUGGCUCUGGAGAAAGCUGAGUGCAAAAAAGUUCACUUAACCAUUGACAUGUGGACCCAUGAACCAACCACAGACUAUCUGACAGUGAUGGCACAUUGGGUGUCUUUUGAAAUGCUGCUAUCUUCCUCUCAUGGUGCCAGCAAAACUCCCAGUUGUAGGAAGCAGGCAGCUCUUUGUGUAACUGGCUUUGCUAAAGAUUAUGCAGCAGCCAGUAUUUUACAAGAACUAAAUUACCAAAUCGGUGUGUGGCUUUCCCCCAGUUCCCUCACUCCUGGCUUCAUAGUUUCUGACAACACUGCCAAUGUUGUGCAUGCAGUGAGAGAUGGAGACUUUACCCAAGUGCCAUGCUUUAUGCAUUGUUUAAGUUUAGUAAUUCAGGCCUUCCUCCAUGAGCACAAAAGCAUGAGGAGCAUGUUAGUAGCGGCUCGAGAGAUUUGCCAUCAUUUUAAUCAUUCUGUCAAGGCCCGUCAAAUUUUGCAGGAGUUUCAGCAUGCAAACCAUCUUCCGCAGCACAACUUGAAGCAGGAGGUGUCCACCCAGUGGACCUCCACCUUUUAUAUGCUGAGGCGACUUUUAGAGCAGCAGAAGGCAGUGCAUGACUAUUCCAUGCAACACCACGUGGGGAGGGUGGAUGGGGUCAUCCUCACCUCAUUUCAGUGGUGUCUGAUGGCUCAUGUGUGUGACAUCCUUGAGCCGUUUGAAGAAGCCACUCAGAAAGUGAGUAUGUGCACUGCAGGUCUUAGUCAGGUGCUGCCAUUAGUUCACCGCCUGCUUUUGACUCUGCAGAACAUGCGAAAAGACUUUCAAAUCAAAGGUGCCACUGUAGCUCUCGGACUGGUGGAUGACUUGUCUCUGAGGCUCGAAACUGACUCCCGAUUGAGCACCGUGCUCAGAUCUGAACAUUACAUCUUGGCCACUUUAUUAGAUCCCUGCUUUAAAGACAAUUUAGAAGAAUUCCUUCCUCAAGGUACUGACUUGAUAAGCUAUAAACAGAUCCUUAUUGAAGUAGUAUCUGAGUAUAUGUGCACAUCAGUGGAGGAUUGCUCCUUGGAUGCUACAGAAGUAUCAGGCCAUUCAUCCCUUUUAGGAACCGAUCCUUUUGCUCUUCACCUUAAGAAAGAUUAUUCUGGUUCAGAUUCCUUCAGUGGCUUCUCUUCGAGUGGUGCAGCUUUAAUAGGCAAGAAGAGGCUGUUGUGCCCAUCAGCUGCAGCAAUAGUAGAAGAGUACUUUCAAGAUGAGUCUUCAGGGAUAACGGUUAAAGAUGACCCCCUGACUUACUGGCAGGGGAAACUGAGAAGAUGGCCUGCAUUAACCCGAGUAGCUAUUCAGUAUCUCAGCUGCCCUCCCUGUAGUCUGCACUCUGAAUGUGUCUUCAGCGCACCCAGACACCUUGUUUCAGAACACUGUACUAGUCCAGGUUUUGACAACAUUGAACAGUUAAUGUUCCUUAAAAUGAACUUAAAAACUAUUAAUUAUGACUAUUCCACUCUGGCCUUGGGCUUUGACACAGAGGAUGAGAUCACUCAGAGUAGUGAGGAUGAGAUGUUUUAGCCAGAGUUGGUAGCUUCCGUUUGUUCUCGCUCUGGACCAUUUGAAGUGCUGGGAUUUGUGCUGCUAUGUACUGUUCUUGUACGGUUGUUAAUAUCUAGCACUUCUUGUGCUUUCCAUCUUAAGGGCACUUUACAACAUCCUCCAAAUGCCCCUGUGAAGUAGGUAAAAAAGCAUUAUGUUCAUUUUAUAUGCCAGGAAACUGAUGCCUGACUUAGUGAGAAAGGUGGGAUUAAAAUUUGGGAGUUCCUGACUCCUGAUCUUGUGUUCAGAGUGUCCUAAUAAACACCACAUAGGUUUUUUUUAAUAUAAAUAAUGAAAAUAACUAUUUUUUUAAAAUAAUUAAAAAUACAAAAAUAGGUCAAUAAUAAAGAGAAAGCAAAAUCAAUUCAUGCUUUAAAAUCAUAAAGAGGACUAGAUAGGUAUCUAUCAUUGAUAAGCAUGGUGCUGGCAGUAGUAACUGAAUAGUGCUCCCUUAUGACACCUAUUAAGGUAUAAAAAUGUUCCCUCUCUGGACUUCUCUCCCCCAUAAUCCCAGCAUACUGUUGAAAGGCUAUGGACUAAUGCUGGCUGGCAAACUGAAAAGAUGGAUGAGUGACUAACACAGUUUUUCAGUGUUGAGAAAGACAGGGCUUGAAAAUGAACUGGGUAAAUGUUCACUGUAUUCUUGUCUUCCUUUAGUGAGGGUGAAGUGUGUGACCCCAGCUUUUUAUUUCUUCUCACUGGUCUCUAUUUAUUGUUUUGAUAUAACUAAGAUCCUGUACAAAAUGAAAUUACAGUGUGAACCACAGCUCAAUCUCAGUGUGAACACCAGUGUAAUUUUCAGGAUUUGAUUGGCUUUGAAGUUCUUAAUCAGUUUCUGAUGCAAGCUUGCUGAGUGCGCCAGAGUUAUUCAUUUAUUUUAAGCUUUAAGGGGUUAACUCAAUUGAUUUUCUGUAGUAUUUAAAUUGCUGUUCUACCUAAAGUUUAAUUUAAAAAAAAAAAUUAAGUCUAGUUUCUGUGUUAACAUAUUUUAUUUGUAGUGCUUAUAUAGAACUGAGAGGCUUGAGUUGCUUGGUAGUAUAAUUUCAGUGAGGGUAAUUCAAACCCUGCACUGUGUGCAGAGUAGUAAGUAUGUGCCGAAGUAUGGAAGGUAAUAUACAAAUAUAUUGAAAGAAAUAAUCGAAAAUAGCACACAUUAUCAGACAGACCAGGAGGCAUUGUCCGUUACUUGCCAAGUAAUAAGUUUUGAUUUAUGUGGAGGCAUUUCACACUUUGAAAUUGCAUUGAAUUCUGGAGGAUAUUAGUGAAAGUGAAUUUGGCACAACUUCCCUGUAUCUAAUAUAUGUUAAUUGCACACCGAGAGAACAUUAGUGUAGUUAGAUACAGAUAGACAAAAGUUACCUGGGAUACAAAAUCCAGUUGUAAAGGCAACAAAAGUCAAAAGUGAGUAAUUAUUUAGAUACUAAAGGAAGGACAGAGAUUGAUUCUUACCUUUUUAAAAUUCCCCUUGUCAAGAGUUUGAAACUGAUAACUAGUACAAGAACCCAACUUUUCCUCUCACUAUUUUAGAUUUAGGGAAAGUCCCUCCCUUUUCUCCUCUUCUCCCUCCCCCCCCCAAAAAAAAAUCCUGGAAAAAUUCACUAGUGCAUGAGAAUAAGAGGUCUAAUCUUAAUAAAAUACAAUAGGUACAUUAUUAAUUUGUAAGAACUACUUCAUUCAAUUUCUUCUAAGAUAGAAUUGGAAGAGAAUUAGCACAGAAGUGUUUCAGUGCUUUUAAUGUAUGCAAUGUUAUUGAAGUCAUAUCAGUCCCAGGUUAUUAAAGAGACAAAGUGGGUGAGGUAACAUCUUUUAUUGGACCAAAUUCUCUCACCAACAGAAGUUGAUCCAAGAAAAGACAUUACCUCACUCACCUUGUCUCUCUCAGCACUUUGAAUGACCCAGGAAUUGGAAUCUCUUAAGUUUAGAUCUAAUGGUCAAAAAUGCAGGUUUAUGGCAUUCAGUAAAAAUAAAUAAACUGAAAUGUUUCAUUUCACAGUGAAAUUAAACUGUUUGUGGUAACUGGAAACACCUUUAAGCUCCUUAUGGUGUUAAAGUCAUUGGCUGCUAAGAAUUGAACCCAAGCCAUCCUUUCAGACCUUUGCCAUCUCACAGCGAUGGAUAAUGGUGGAUAUAUAUACCAGGGAACAGUAUAUGAUCACAAACCAGUAGUAUUUGAAAAAUAUAAAAGAAAUUAAAAUUGGCUUCCAAAAGUCAAAAUAAAAAUAUUUCCAAAUUGUGUCAUGCAGCUGUGCCUCUUCAAAACUGAGCUUUUCCCUGCUUCUUACAGCUUGCUAUAUUUUAGAACUGCUUGCUAUCUUUCUGCACUUGAUUGCAACUUUAAAUAUCUGAUCAGAGCUACAUGUUGUUCUUUACAGUAUGGAUAUCAGACUAUGCAUACUUUGAACGCUUUGAGCGUAUAAAUAUGGAUAUACUGUAUGCAUGUACAUACAUGUGUAUAUUUGUGCCAGAUCCAAACUUGCCCAUAUUAUAAAGCAUUGGCCUGAAAGUGUAUUUGUGUGGCACUUUUAUAACUCCUCAGUUUUUGCCAUUCCCCCAAAUUGAGACACUGUAUGGUGCAUUUUAAGUGACAAGUAGCCCAAAUAUAUCAUUUUUAUUACCACAUUUGAAUAUAUUGGUGUGUGUAUAAACACAUUUGUAUAUAUGUAUAUACAUAUGUAUGUUUAUACAUACAAGUAUGUUUUUGCUAUACAGGUAAUAAAGAUGGGGGAAGGUUUUUGUGUUUUCUUAAUAGGUGAAGAAAUCUUGAAGACCAGAAAUUGGAACUUAUUGAGUUUUUAAAUUAAAAAAAAAAAAAUUAUACUGUCUGGCUGUGGAAGAUGGAUCUUCAUUUUUGCAGCCGCUUUGACUCACAAGUUCAUCUUUAAAUAAACUGUUUUUUGAAGAGCUAACUAACCCUCGCUGUCUCCAGUCUGACAGAGAGUAUUCAAAUGGACUUGCUUCCUCCAGUAGUUGUAAGAUGUUUAAAAGCACAGCCUGUGUCUGAAUUGUGGAUGAGAAAUUUCCUUGGCAAUGUGAGGAGAAAAUUCUUUCUAUCCCUUUAUUAUUAAUUCACGGAUUGAGUGUUGGUUCGGCCUACAGGAGAAAUUUAUUGGAAGUCUGUGAAGACCAACGUUCUUGCCGAGGUUAUCCAGCUACCUUUUCCAAGGUUACUUUUUAAAGAAGAUUUCACUGAUCACGUCUGAAGAAGAAAGGGUGAAGCCUGUUUUCACUAAGAGAGGAAGAAGUCUGUGUGGAGCAAUAGCCCUGAUAACUUGAGCUUAUUCUAACAAUCUGUCCAGCAUGUCUAAACAAGGAGAUGAUUGCUACUUCUAUUUCUAUUCCACGUGUACCAAGGGGGACGGUUGUCCCUUCCGUCAUUGUGAAGCUGCAUUGGGAAAUGAGACUGUCUGCACACUCUGGCAGGAAGGGCGCUGCUUCAGGAGUAUUUGCAGGUUUAGGCACAUGGAGAUUGAUAAAAAACGCAGUGAGAUCCCUUGCUACUGGGAGAACCAGCCAGUUGGCUGUAAGAAAUUAAAUUGCGCUUUCCAUCACAACAAGGGACGCUACGUUGAUGGACUCUUCCUACCUCCAAGCAAAACUGUGCUGCCAAGUAUGACUGAGUCUGUAGAAGAGGAGGUGAAGGUGACCCAGAUCUCGCUGCAGCAGAAUAAACUCUCUGUCCAGUCCAACCCCUCCCUCCAGCUGCGGGGGGUGAUGAAAGUGGAAAACUCUGAAAACGUUCCCAGCCCCACUCAUCCUCCAGUCGUAAUCAAUGCUGCAGAUGAUGAUGAAGAUGAUGAUGAUCAGCUUUCUGAAGAGGGAGAUGAAACUAAAACACCUGUUCAGCAGCCAGCUGCAGAAACCCAUAAUGGAUUGCGGAUAAUUUCUACUCGGAAAUCCAGUGCUAAUUCAAAACAAGAUAACAGUUUGAAUUUUGGAAUAAAAACACUUGAAGAAAUCAAGUCCAAAAAAAUGAAGGAAAAAUCACACAAACAAGGUGAAGGCCCCUCUGGAGUUUCUGUUUAUCCAGUCCAAUCCCAGACCAUUCCUGGUCCGGAAAAGGAAAACCUACGGACGGUGAUCAGAACUGUAACCUUGUCUGCAAAGCAAGGUGAGGAGCCUCUGAUUCGAUUGAGUCUCUCAGAGAGACUGGGAAAACGGAAACCCUCCAUAGAUGAAAGUUGCCCUCCACUGAAGCGUAGCCUUGCUGAAAGGCUGGGAAAGAAGUCUGAAUCUCUGGAGAAGACUGACAAAGCACCAAAGAAAGUUCAAGUCCCCAAGUCUCUUAAGGAGAGGCUAGGAUUGCCAGCUGAGCAGACUAGCACGGAGACAGAGAGAGCUGCAAAACCAGCAGGUGAGAUCCGUGUGAAAACACUAGAAGAAAUCCGUCUUGAGAAAGCCAGCCAGAGACGGGGAGAACCUCAAACCAAACCUAAGCCUGAAGAAACUUGUAGAACAGAAGAUCCAAAUCCAAGGGUGAGACCCUCCGCAACAAUUCGAAUUAAAUCAUUUUCUGAGGUCCUGGCUGAGAAAAAAAACAGGCAGCUGGGAGAGGAAGAGCAGCUAAAAGUGGAGGAAAAGCUAAAAGCGGAGGAAAGCCCUACCAAGCCCAAGACUGAGAGUGAGCCCAAGAAGCAGGGCACUGCAGCUCCGCCUAUAACCAGCAAAGGGCAGCUGGAGGAGUCAACAGGCAAAGCCAUUUCAAUAGGGGAGGUGCGCAUUAAAACAUUGGAGGAGAUCAAGCAGGAGAAAGCCAUGAGGAUGCAGCAGAGUGCAGAGAACACCCUAAAUACGCCACCGCAACCUGAACUUACUCCCACCGGGAGGAGAUUACUGCGUAUUACAAAGCUGACAGCACCUGGAAGAGAAGAAAAGAAGUUGGUGGAGUUGAGCGUUCCGCCCCUCAGAACUGGCCCAGCAGACAAGGCUGCAGAGUCUUCAGAUGAGAGUGCAAACAACUCUACAGUUCAAAUGAAGAGUUCUGAAGAAAUACUGAGGGAGAAUCGGCAGCUGAAGCCACGGCAGAAGGAGAAGCUCCAGAAGGAAAUAUCUGCUAUGUCAUCCCCUGGAGAAGAAACAAUUGAAGAGAAGAGCCCAGUGGCUGGAAGUCCUGAGUCCACAGUGACACCUGGGGCAACUCGUCGGUUGACAAAGAGACUGACUGUGAAAUCAGAGGAAGCAGUGAUGGAAAGUCCAGGAACAGAGGGUUCAGUACUACCAGUGAAACAUGCAGCUCAGUCUCUGGAGCGAAAGGCUAAAGCCAAACCCAAGGUGAAUGUGAAGCCGUCAGCCGUGAAAACCAUCUCCCCUGCAAAGCAGGCCGUGAAACGUAAGGUGGCUGAAAGUCAUCCUUCUGCCGUAGCAGCUGUGAAACCACUGAGCACCACUAGCAGGGACUUGAAGGAGCUCCCAGCUAAAAAAUCAGCUUUGACUACUGUUCCAGCCCUGCCAGAGGAUAGUCCAGCCACUGUACCGGAGAGAGCAAAAUCCAGAGACAGCCCUGAGUUGCAUGUAGGAAGCCAAGCAGCCUCUGUUGCUCAGUCAGAGAUGUCAAGCCCAACCUCUUCACAGGCAGCAGUAAAGACCCGCAGACUGAGCUCCACCACAGCUGGGAAAGCACCCUUAUCCGUAGAAGAUGACUUUGAGAAGCUGAUCUGGGAAAUCUCUGGAGGCAAACUGGAAGCAGAGAUUGAUCUGGACCCAGGGAAAGAUGAGGAUGACCUCCUGCUUGAACUGUCUGAAAUGAUUGACAGCUGAACCAGACUUAUACUAACCUUUUAAAACAAAAAACAUUUUAAACUCUAUUUUGUUGGAUACCCAAGAUAAACCUUUUUCUUCUAUAUGAGGCUUUGCCACAAGUCUUCAAGUACACUUGAGCUUGUAGAAAUUGGCAAUAUCUGCACUCAAUCAUUGUUAAUUUCCCUGCAGGUGAGAGUUAAGAGCCUGUGUACCCAUCCUGUUACCACAGGCAGCUAUUUUGAAUAUGUGAGGACAAAGCACUACACAGUUUCAGGCCAGAAAGAUCCUGGAGCCCAUCUACAAAGCCUAGGGGUGUAAACUUCUUCCACUGAUUUAAGGCUGUGAAGGCUUUAAAAAAAAAAAAAAAAAUUCUCAGCAAGGUGUGCAAAACUCAGUGAGUGUGUUUCAAAGCUUUCUUUUGCUUUGUUUUCUUGGCUGGCCUGGAAUUACUAUGGCAACUCUUGAGUUGUAUUUGUCCUUACCUUCUUGUUUUAACAUUCUAGGGAAAAUUAAUGAAAAAGUGGGGCAAGAAGGAUAAUUACUACAGUAAUGUGGGCCAAACAUACUGCCAAAGGUGCGGGAUUGGGUUAGUCCAUCCAGCCUUACUUCCUUUUAAUUAUCAGGGACAACACAAUAUCAGUAUGGAAAACAGCAGCUACACAGUACAUGAAGACUGCCUUCCUCCCUUUGAAUCAUACUGUACUAAGUCUUGGGAGGUUGGUACUUUUUGUUGACCAAGUAAGGUCCUGGGGCAAGUGGUGUAACCCCGUCGUGGUCUGCUGCACAUCAGUAAAUUGAAAAUGGGUCUUAAAAGUGCCUCUCAUUUCCAAGAAUCUCUUCCCUCUUCUGCUGACUUUUCUUCUACUGAGAAGCAGUAGCUGCUGGCACUGAUGGGAAAACACUUCCAGCUUUCUUUGAACCCCAGUUCGCUGUAUAGGCUUGUCUGAUUUGAUGUAGCACUAUGCUGGAAUUCAGCCAAUAGGAAGCAUGUGUCAAGUCAGACAAGUCUUAGAAAAGUGUUCUACGGUGGUCAGAGCAAACUCUGUGCCCUCCCCUGUCCUGUGGAUACCUUUCUCUCUAACUUCCCCCUCAUCCCCCCUGCCUGAACUAAUCAUUUAAGAAGUACACACCUGGGGUUGGGAUGUUAGGAAAACUAGUCUUCUGUGCUUGACAGUCCAUUUGUCUGAACUGUGUACUGGAGAGAACGGUUGAGAUUGGGAUGUAUUGUGUAUCCUGUCACCUUAUGUUCAUUUUGACUUUUUUUUUUUAAUUUUCUUAAACGUUCAACAAGCUAGUCCCUUCCGACUUUGAGCUGUGAGGAUAUAGGUGAGGCAAGACUUUUGCUGCUGGCAGGCUUUAAAAAAAUAUAUAAUUGUAUUGUAAAUAUUUUGUCUUUGAAAGAAAACAGAUACAUAAUUUCAUAAUCCACUGUGAUGACUUAGUUCUUAUAGGGAAGAUUUGAACCAAAAUCAAUUUUUAAAUUAAAAAGCCCGCUCCUGAAGAAACUGCUGUUAUAGUUCUAGGAGGGACACCAUGCAGGAAGCUUCAUCCCAAAGAAGCCGAAAAGCAACAACCCUCCAUCCUGCUGAAGGACUUUCCACAAUGAGACUUCUGGUUGCUUGUGCACAAAUGGAAGCAACUUUCAGAGAGACACAUAUGUAUGAGAGAUUGUGAUCUAAAAAUCUUUUCCCUGCUGCUUGUUAUCUCCCUGUGUUUAAGCAGAAUAUUCCAUUCCAUUGUCAGCUUUGUUCACUUCCUUCUCUGGAUGAGAAGUCCUGUCUAUGAAGACAGAAUUUUAUGUAUGCCAUUACUUCUGUAAAUAUUUUAUUCUUUCUUUUUCUAUUUAGUUUGUAUUUAAGGCAUUGUCUUAGAUGUAAUCUGAAUCAUACAUGUUCACCAUGAGUUGGGCUGUUCAUGAAAAACAUUACUCGUGUUUUUAAAUAAAGCUGAUGUAGGAAGUCUUA